AUGUCUUACCGUGAACUCCACAAAGCAACAGAAGGGUUUUCCCAUGAGAACCUGAUUGGUUCAGGAACUUUUGGAUCAGUAUACAAAGGAAUAUUAAACUCACAAGAACAAAGAUCAUUUGCAAUUAAGGUCUUUGACCUCCAGAAAAAUGGAGCUUCUAAGAGUUUUGUGGCUGAGUGCAGAGCAUUAAGAAACAUGAGACAUCGAAAUUUGGUUAGAGUAGUAACUUGCUGUUCAAGCCAGGAUUAUCAAGGAAGGGAAUUUAAAUCUCUGAUCUAUGAAUUUAUGUCGAAUGGGGAUCUGGAUACGUGGUUGCAUAACAGAUCAGAUAACACUUUGAAUUUGCUUCAAAGGUUAAAUGUUGCAAUUGAUGUGGCUUCUGCACUAAAUUAUGUUCAUAAUGAAGCUGAAACUCCAAUCGUCCACUGUGAUCUAAAGCCGUCUAAUGUCCUUCUAGAUGAAAACUUAAUCGGUUGUGUCGCUGAUUUUGGAUUGGCAAGGCUUCUCCAAGAAAAAGCUAACAAUACUUCCAGUUCCAUUGGCAUAAGGGGAUCAAUUGGUUACGCAGCUCCAGAGUAUGGGAUGGGAAGCCAAGUCUCAACUCUUGGUGAUGUAUAUAGCUAUGGAGUACUUUUGCUGGAGCUGCUAACCGGAAAGAGACCAACGGAUGAUUUAUUCAAUGAUGGAUUUAAUCACCAUGAUUAUGUCAAGAUAGCACUGCCACAAUUGUGGAAGAUUGUGGAUCCCUUGCUUCUUCGAAGAGAAGCAGAAAAUUAUCAGUCUGAAAUUGUGCAAGAAGGAGAAGGGGAAGAUAAAAUGAAUCAACACCUUCUCGCUUUGUUCACCAUUGGACUUUCAUGCUCUUCACAAGUACCAGGAGAACGAAUGGAGACAAAAGAUGUUGUAAAUGAAUUGACUAAAAUCAAGAGUGGUUUUUUUCCUGAUUUUUAUUAUGGUUAA